CGCUCUGAUCAUCAUUGCACAUCGAGGGCCAAGGUCAUAAUCAAGAUGGCCUCCUGGAUGAGCUAUGUCCACUUCCUCGCAUUCAUCUUGGCCCUCUAUUGGAUCCAUGUAGGCUUUCAAGCACUUGUAGUCAGGGGGAAGAGGCAGGCAUUCAGAUUAGAGCAACGCAGGCGCGCAGGCAUCCCAGACUCGGACAACAGGCCAUUUGACAUCGCUCAAGCUGAUGCGCUGCAGGUCAAGAGGAGGCGAGACCUUGCGCGAAGCAACACGAGCGCCGUUGCUUCUUCGUUUGCCUCUGCCACUGGCUUCGACGCAAGAGCCCUUUUCGGCAGAGGCCUCCCAUCCUCAGCCAAAAAGAUCUCAUCAGCUCUCCCUCGCAGCGGUUCUGCCUCCCCGUACUCGCCUAGAAGACCAAACGUCGUAGCCCCUUCGACGUCUUCCCAUCUCUCCCCUGGGCAGAGCUCGCGCUACAACCCGGCAUCAUAUGCUGGAGCUGCGGGCAGAGCAUCGCCUGCAGGAGCUACGGCAGGCUACAAACGCUCCAUACCAGCUGCGAACGAGGCACGGAGCGAGACGAGUACCGUCCGUCCCGCGAUCAGACAUCGUCCCUCGAAGCUAGCUCAGCUGCAGCAAGACCAAGAUGAGGAAGAAGAGGAUGGCGAGACAGGUAUGGCAUGGGAAGCUACCGAGCUCCCGACGCGUCGAGGAAAAAAGAGAGGAGCAGACGAGGCUCGUAAUAUAGGAGAGGAGGACAGCGUGAUUGGCAGGGCAGGUCGGGCGAAGAAGGGGCGCGCUUACCAGCCCACGGAGAUCGGUAGCGCGAUGGAUGAGGAUGACAACGAGUACUUACCGGGAGAGGGGGAAGAGGCGAACGAUAGCGAGACGGAUCUCGCCUCCCUUGGCCCUCUAUCUGAGCUCGACGAUGAAGAGAUGGACGAGUACGCACCGCCCCAGCGUACGCCUGCUGGAUUGCUUCCGUCCACCAGGCGGGCUAAGCACAAGGCUGCCCGCAAGAUCCGCCAACCUCGCACUAUCAAGGCAGAGCCAAAGGAUAGGUCACUUGCCGAUGACAUGCGGGAUCUGAGCGAUGUGGAUGAUGACGUCUCGAUGCGUACCACCUCUCGUGCGGGUCGCAACAAAGCUGCCACCACCUCACGAGAUGUCCCCGACUCAGAGCGCUCGAUCGGCGAAGAAUGGCACGACCCUGUCUCGAACUUCCAACAUCGGAUGGAUCUCGACGAUGUCUUGACAGACGAGGAAGUCACGCCUGGUCGAAAACGCCGCGUAACUAAACAGCGUCGCGUAAAGCGUCGCUUGACGGUCAAGCUCGAGUGGCGUCCCAAAUGGGCCAUGCCUGCUGACUCUGAGCACCCGGACAAGGGAGAGAUGGUCCCGCAUUACGUUCCCGUGUGGUUGAGUGAUGCGGAGAUUGAUGAGAGCCGGAGGAAAGGAGAGUUGGGGGAGCAGGUGGGGGAAAGGGAAUUGCAGGCCAGGAGGGCUGCCGAGGCCAAGGCAGCUGCAGGCGCGGGCUCAGCAUCGUCCUCGCCGUCGUCUGCGCGACGAGUGGACUCUCUCCUCUACCAGGCGCCACACCGUAUUCCGUUGCGCUCCCCACUGUCCAAGUCGAAGCUUGGCCUCGUUGGCGCCUCGCCGCGUACUUCGCCCGGGCUCACCCGCUCACGCUCUGCGACGCCUGACGUUUCUCUGGGUGGUACAUCACGCGGAAGCCCAGCAGCCACGUCCACUUCAGCCUCCUCAUCGUCCUCAAGAACGAACAGCAGAGGCCGUCUAUCUCUCGGCGGGUCGCCCUCUUCGCUUUCUACCGCAGCCGCGGCUGGAGCAACGGGAGCAACAGCUUCACCGCUCCGCAAUAGGGCUCUCGACGCCGCGGGCAAAAGAAGGAGGGAGGAGGAGCUCAUGAAGAGAAUCAGGGAAGCGAGAGAGGAUAAGGAAAGGCUGGAGAGGGAAAAGAAGGAGAAGGAAGCCAAGGCGAAAGGUCCUGCUCCACCGGCAGCUGCACCUGUGGCCACGCCUACCCCUUCCUUUGGAACUGCACCUGUUGCUUCCAAGGCUGAGGAUGGCCCGAAGCAGCCAGGUGAGGCUGACGCAGGCAAAGCGCCUUUUUCAUUCGGCGCACCGGCGACAGCGGCACCAUCUGAUCCCGCGAAGCCGGCUGCUCCAGCGCCAGCGUCAUCAGGUGGCUUCACCUUUGGAGCCCCCUCCUCUUCAUCUGCUGCACCCCCACCACAGCCACAGACCAAGACCGAGAGCAAGCCAUCGCAGCCAUCUUCAUCUUCGCCCUUCACCUUUGGAGCAGCGGCCAAGCCGGCAGCGCCUGCCGCUCCCGCCGCAUCCUCGUCACCCGCUCCCUUCACUUUCGGCGACAGCAAGCCAGCUGCGGCCACUUCUACUGCCACUACAAGCGCCCAAGCCAAUGGCACUGGUGGUAGUACGUCUCCAGCUCCCUUCUCGUUCGGCAAAUCAGCUGCGGCCGCCAGCCCGGCUCCAGCAGCCAAUGGCUCGUCGUCUUCGUCCACACCCUUCUCCUUUGGCGCUCCUAGCAGCAAUGGACCAGCUAGUAAGCCGGCUGAUUCAGCCAGCGGCGGCAGCGGGGCUCCGAGCUUCACCUUUGGUGCCUCUUCUUCUGCCUCUCCCGCUCCCGCGGCGCCAGCAUCGUCGUCGGCCCCUUUCUCGUUCGGGGCGUCCAAGACGAGUACUCCCAGCGGCCCUAGCAGCGGUACGGGAGGGACUUCCUUCACCUUCGGUGCGCCUGCAGCUCCCGCUGCUGGAGGGAGUGGAAGUGGAACGACUUCUGGUGGCUUCAGCUUCAGCUUUGGGAAGAAGUGAGAGGAAGACGAGGCUGAUGGCAGGGGGGCGGUACCGGUGGCCGAUGAGCCAUGGAGAGAGUCUGGUAAUCAGGCAUGCCUUUGGAAUUGACUCGUCGUGGUUCUUCUUCCAAAUUUCAGCCACGAAAGACACUCAUGUACCAUUUAUCAAUCUCAACAGCAUGCCAUCUCACGUCGU